UGACCGCCGGGACUGGCAACCAGGUGGCUAUACAAUGAAAGCUAUCGUAUGUGUUUUUGUGGCCCUUUUGGCCGGCGUAGCGGCCUACGAUGUGGAGCUCUUGACCGAGGACCAGUGGAACCAGCUGGUCGAGCGUAAUCCUGCCAAGCCGGAUACCUAUGGCCUGAUUCUGAACGGAUCGGCCAAGAAGGCCAUCAACGGCCUCAUCAACCAGAUGCCCUGCGGCUGGCCCCAGUACGGAAUCCCCCCCCUGGCCCCCUACACCAACGCUGACCUGCGUAUCCACUUGGCCGAGUCGGUGGUUGAUACCCUGUUGCAGUUCCUGCGCUUCCGUCUCGACGGUCUCGAGGAUUUGGAGAUCAAGAAGCUGAAGGUCAGCUACACCUUCAGCAAGAAGGUCAAGUUCCACUUUGUCUUCAAGAAGAUCUCGGCCAGCGCCCACUUCCUCGACACCGACACCCUGGUGGAUCUGCUCAAGCAACUGGGUCUCUCAGUGCGCUACGAGAGCUCUGGUCCCCUGAGCUUCAGCCUCGAGAAUCUCUCCAUUUCCGGCGAGUUCAAGUACAAGAUGCCCUUCAUCUUUGGCUCCAUCAAGAUCUACAAGUUCGAGUGCGCCGUGUCCUUGGGCGGCGUCUCCUCCAACAUCGGCGGCCUGAUGGGCAACGGCAGGAUCAACGAGUUCAUCAACGACAUGGUCGACAAGGAGGUGCCGGCCUUCAUCAACGGCCACCAGGCCGCCAUCAGCUCCCUGAUCGAGGAGAUCUUUGUGCCGCUGGUGAACGACCACCUCACGGGUCACAAGAUCUGGUACCUGUUCAGUCUGCUCAGCGCCACCACCGGCUCCUGCAACCCCACUCCCGCCCCCUGGCUGGCCGUGGAGCCCAAGAAGAUAGACUAGGUCUCCGCCUAAAACAGCAAUAGCCUAUAGCCAAUAAAAAGCAAAUCAAGCG